AUUUUAGAUUGCUCAAAUCCAACAUGGCGAAUUAUCGAAAGAUGCGAAAUGACAGAUUAGUAGAUCCUUAUAAAAACUGCAAGUAAAGAAAGUUUUAUUGAUCUUGGAAUCUUUCAAUAUGGACUUUGACACGCCUACGUUGUUAUACAGUGAAGAGGAAUAUGGACGAACGCCUAAAAAUCACAAGUCCAUAUUUAUCUAUGAAUGGUUGAGGAAUCUUGAAGACAACGUCCCUGUUGCUUCAAAGGUAUCACUUUCUUUGAUUUAUUUUCAAUUUCCUUUCCUGCGUCUAAAGAUCUUUCCCUUUUCAGUUGCUCUGUAUUUUUAUCACCUAGGCUCUUUUUGGUGGAACUGUAGAAUACCUGGCCAUUUCUAACAAAAUUAAUACCAGCAGUACUUAAUACCCAUUAAAAGGCUGGACCUGCAAUUUAAAUAUAUUGUGUACAUUGUAGCUCCAAAUGAAAUUCUGGUUAAAACGGUUUCAAGCUAGUUUGGUUACAUGAAUGUCGUUUUUUUGUUGUUUCCUUACCCUUGCAGUGAUGAGGUUGAAAUGGCAUGGUAAAUUUACUAUGUAUUAGACAGCUCUUAUAUCACUUCUUUUCUGUCUUAUCCUCUUACAAAGAGUUUGUUAGGAAAAAUUUCCCUCGAAUGCAGGUCUUAAUAAUUCUCUUAAGGUAAAACGAGUUAAUGAAGGGAUUUCAAGGAUGUGCUCUAGCAGAGCCCGGUGGCCUGUGGCGCCUAACUCUUGUUCUCAGGUGACUAGAAAAUAUUUGCUUCUUCAUAGAAAUCAUAUGCUGGGCACACUGGAUUUCACAAGUUCAGAGCACUGGCUCCCUUCAAUUUUUCUUAGAGCACAGCCUUGGAUUUUGUUUAAAUGCUGCACAACUUUAUGAUAAAUAUGGGUUUAGAAUUCCAAUGAUCUUCAUCAUACUCAGUGUACAUAAUUAUGUGAAUUUAUUUAUCUCUUGAGAUAAGAUUGUUAGAACAUUUUUGUGUUCAUCCUAUAGGCUCAGAUUAAAGAUUCACAACAGAAGCUUGAGGUGCAGCUCUCUAAACAGCUGACUGAAAUUCUUGGCCCUCCUACCAGACAGCUGUUAGCGAAAUGUUAUGCAUUGCUUUACAGUGUGGGUAACACAUUCACAAUGUAUGAAACAGUCAAUAAGUGCAGUGAUAUUAUCAAGUCAAAGGAUGAAUCCCAGUCUUAUCUUCCAGUUAAACUGUAAGUUUUGUGUAAUUUUUGUUUUUAGAAAGGACGUGCCUGCAACCUGGUCACCUUUUCAGCAGAACAGACAGACCAAAAAAGUUGUUGACAAACAUCAUGUGGACUGAAAAUUUUCUAAAUCAAUGUGCAAAUCUUAAGCUACAAAAUGAUAGCUUAGCUUUGGUAUUUGAUCCAUCCAGUCAUCAUGUCUGACCACUGGUAGUUUUGCCAUUGAACAUGGGCAAAUUUCAGUGGGACAUUUUCUCAUGACCAGCUGUUGGAUGUAUUUUUUACUGUGGUAUAUGGUAAAAAGCGUCUUUGAUUGGAUGCUAAGGGAUUAUUAUUUCUAGGUUAAUAUGGUUAAUUUUUUAUUUCUGUUAAUUUUUGUGUUUCCUUUGUUUCAAAUUCAUUAGCAUAUUUUACCAUACCCAAAAACGAAGGAAAAACAAACUAUAAUUAAGCAAAAUAACAAUGAUACAGUUCCAAAAAUUGAUUUUUAUUGAUAAAUAUUGAGUCACUGAUUUUUCUUCUAUGCCUCAUUACCUUCUACUUGCUACAACGGCAGCAGGAUUAGCUCAGUUGGUAGAGUGCCUGAUUGAAGAGAAGGAGGUCGUGGGUUUAAUAUUUCCUAGGGCCAGACCAAUACUCUGGGUCUUAAAGUAACUGAGAAAUGAAGGUACUGACUUUGCCCUGCAAAUGGCUGGAUCUUCGCAUGGUUCGGAUGACCACAUAAAAUGGCGGUCCCAUCUCCAGAAAGGGGGUGUGAAAAUAGUGUCCCCAACAAGUACUUUUGUGCUAAUACAUUGACUCUCAAAUAAAGUGCAGUUUUUUUUUCCAAAUCUUUUUUUCAUUUGUCAUUUUCAGAUUUCCAUUGAUUCUGCCAGUGUUUCUCAGAAACAAAAAAAUCCAGAAUAUUAUUUUGUUUAAUGGCAAUGUUAUGUUUUUUACUUUGGUAUCAUCAUAUUACUUUUAUAGAACUGCAGUGACUUGCAUCGGAGCCAUCUAUGAAAAAUUGGGAAGAAUGGUAAAUCUAUAUUGACUGUGUCAUUAUUGUUUCUCUCAGUGGCUUUUGAAAAAAUAAUAAAUUAUUUUUAUAACAAGGCUGAUUAUUAUACAACAGUAUUUCAUUGUUCUUGUUUGUUAACAGGCAGGUGGAUCAUUUCAGGAGACAGUACAGACUUUAAUCAAAGCCAUGAAAAAUGCAGAGGUGCUUUUAAUUUACAGUAAUUUGAAGGAUAUUAAUGUAAUAGCUCAUUCAAAGUGCUAAAUAUUUACGUAGUUAUUGUAAAUGUUAAGAUUGUAAUUUCUUGUAUAUUCAAGCUACAACCUGUUAAACCUGUCAACCAAAAAUAAUUGCAGUGUUUAGACACUUCACCAAAAAAUUGUUUUCUUACUUCAUUGUGCCACAAAGGCAGAAUUCUUAUGUUUACAACAUCAAUUUCUCCACCCCUGCCUUUUUCAGGGUUGGCCUUGCAAGUUUGAAAAUGAUCUUGGAAUCCUUGCAAUUUUGAUAAUACUAUAUAUGUUCUUGAAGAUAUUAGCCUUUCUGGAUACUCUGAAAUUCAAGUAUAAAUGAAGUUCGUAAGAUUCGAUAUCAGGCUUACAUUUACAUGUACAGAGAAAUGUGCUACAUUUUCAUUGACACUGCCAAUGAGUGCAAUAAGACUUUUUUUUUAUUUGAUAGCUGGGAAGAUGUACUUAAAGAGGAUGAAUUUUGCGAAUUGUGAAGAAUCAGGAUUUGGCCAAGCAUAAAUCAUUACUUUGUAAAAAUUUUCAUUUGAAAAGUUAUGGGCAAAGGCCAAGAACCUUUUUAUUACCUUAAAAUCAAAUAGGACAGUGUCUAAUAUGGCCUUUCUAGUUCCAUUUGCUUUUCCCUUUUACUAGCUCACUGACAUAACCCAACAGUAUUAAUUUUGAUUUGUCUAGUCCCAGGGACGCUGUGAAAUUAUGCUGUGUCUUGAGCGGGUUCUACGGGGUCUUGGAAGUAAUGGUGCUAUGAUACAUAGGGAUGUUUACAAAGCAGUUCGGGGAGCUUUAACAGACAGAAGCAUGUCUGUUCGUUGUGCAGCAGCAAAGGUAUGCAAGAUCACACUGUUUUUCACAGUGCAGGAAAAUACUCUAAAGGCUGCAUUUGGAACAUUGACAUUGACUUUUAAACACCAUUUCCUUACCACUUAAACAUGCUUUUCUGUAUUUCAGUGUACCUUGGAGUUAAUGAAGCAGGCCAACUUUUUGUAUACCAGUGAACUUGAAAACAUGACAUCAACUUGUUUCAAAGCAUUGGAAGGAUCCAACUAUGAUGUGCGUGUUUGUAUUGCUCAACUGAUUGGUUCAUUAAUGGCCAUGACGCAGACUCCUUUAACUCCAGCAACAGGGAAAGGUAAAAAGACUGUCAGUCCCUGCAGUCUGGAGGAAGUGUUUGCAUCUAUGUCAGGGGGAUUCCUGCGUGGAGGAACAGGUUUCUUAAAGGGGGGCGGUGGAGAACUGCUCAAGAGUACUGCACCACGUGAAGUAAGAGUUGGUGUAACACAGGUAAGCAAGGUUCUCAGAAUCUUUUUUGUCAAAAUUGCUUCAUUUUUUCAAUGGCUGCAACAGUUCAUACCAGUAACAUGGCCACCAAUAUUCCUUACUAAACUUCCAAUUUAAACUGUUACAUAUAUUGCCAUGACUCUGUGCUUUGAUAACCUUGUGGUGGUCGACUUGAGGAAGAUUACAAUCAUGUAUGGCCAUGUUGGUUGUGGCCAUCUCUAUUGCCUACUCUAGUUUGUAGUUAGUCUCAGUGGUUGAUCAAGUUAAGUUUUGAGUGAAUAUUGACUCCGUUCUCAACUUUAUUCCUGAUGCUCGAUUCCUGCAAGAGUUGAAUUAAGAUUGCAAACUUUCUUUUGAUUGGUAGAGUACGUGUAUUUAUUUGAUUACCAGGCAUAUGUGGUGUUUUUUACUGAAAUGGGCGGAGUUUGGGUGCAAAGAAAUAUGAGCCUGAUUCUUAAGCAUGUGCUUGAGCUGCUUUCAAGCCCCAAGGCAACACAGACCCAUGUGGAGGCUGUCUAUUCCAGGCGCUGUGUUUCAUUUAUUCUGCGUGCCGUGCUUGGAAGACUCCUUGGUGAACCAGCUCAGUUGGAUGCAGCUAAAGAACUGUGCAACUUGAUAACCAAACAGAUGAACAUGGUGAAUGAAGCUGUGCAUGGUGCUGCUGAUAGCAGUUCCUCUGCAAGUGUUAUUCAAAGUAUGGAUGAUGUGAUUAGUACACAGCAUGUUCUUGUCUGUGCACUGCAAGAGCUUGGAUGUCUAGUACAAGGACUCAGUACAAACGGCAUGUCUCUCAUCCAUGAGAAUUUGCUAGAUCAUGUCCUAUCAGUACUGCUGCACCCAGCUCCUGCUGCGCAGUUGUUAGCUGCUUGGUGCCUGAGGUGUAUAACAGUUGCUGCUCCAUCACAGGCAACACCCUUGAUUGAUAGGUGUAUUAAUCGCAUUAGUUCUCUCAAGUCAUCUGGAGAGGCUGUCGGAGGUUAUGCACACACACUGGCAGCUCUUGUUGGUGGAGUUUAUCAGUGUCCACUGGGGAUUCCACAUGCAAAAGGAAGGGUGAGGUUGCUCUUCAAUCAUUUUUUUGACUACCUAAAGUGAGAAAAUAUAAUGAUAUUUAGAACUUUCCUGUGUCAGUAAGUUCAUGUACAAGACUGCUGACUGCAAAGCUUCUAAAACACUUGACUUGUAACGUUGUUGCAGUGCAGUCCCAUAAUUAUUGUACACCCCUAGAUCCAUGCCUGGGGGAUAUUGUUUUUCAUUUAACCACCAUGUACAGUGUAUAUAUUAUUUAUCUAUUUAUCUAUUUAAUUUUUGUUAGGCCAUAUUCAAUGUUGCAGAUGAACUCCUGAAAACAGCUACCCAGAAUCCUAGACUUGCAUUACACAAAUCUAAAGCAGGCUGGAUUUUGUUAGGGGCUCUGAUGACAUUAGGUGAGUAGGUACUGUGUAUUCUCCACUAUGAAAACCAUUCCAUCAUAGUUGGAAAGCUUUUGUCUCACCCUGGUAACCUGGUCUAGAAAAUAAUUUCCAGUGUUUCUGGAGUUGUAAAUACAUGUAAUGUUGGCCAACAGAUAUAUAGGGUAUUACCUAUUAAUUGUCUUGCAGCCAUGUGAAAUUUCUAGAAGCAUAAAUUUUGACAAUGUAGCUGUUGUGGUUCAAAAUAAUCUUUGGUUUGAAUUUUUUUUUAAAGUUACCAGUUUAAAGUUUUCAAACUGGUUUGAAUUUUUCAAGCUGGUUAGAAAUUUUUAGACACAUUACUCAUUCUCAUUGAUUUUUACCUCUCCUUGUAAAAUACGGUGUGAAAUAAACUUGUGACAUCAAGGUCUCACAUUUUAGUAAGCGUUCAUUUUAGUGAUUAGGGUUAAGCAUUUAUUUCAAAUGGUUAGCCUUCAUGUAAAGUCAUGGCCACAGCACAGUUUCAGUGACUGCGCUUAAGUGCUCAUUUUAGUGAUUAAGUUAGGCCUUUAUUUCAAAUGGUUAGCUUUCAUGUAAGGCUAGGGAUAGCAUUUGGCACCCAGUUUUGUGAUUGGGGUUAAGUGCUUUGUUAGAAUGGUUUGGGUUAUGCUAUGUGAAAAGCAAGUUUUUCUAGUUGCCGGAAGACAAAAGUUAGACACCUGAGGCACCCAGACUCUGCUAGAGCAAAGUCCCGUGUGCAAGUAAGAAAUAAGAAACAAGAAAUACUUGGCUUUGUGACAACAAUAAAUAUUUAUUUUUGAUUCUCACUAGGCCCAUCAGUUGUCAAACAUCAUUUGCCACAGAUGCUGACAUUAUGGUCAAAUGCCUUUCCUAAAACAGUGAAAGACUUUAAUGAAGAGAAGAACAGAGGUGAUGCUUACACAUGGCAUGUUACUCUUGAGUGCCGAGCAGGAGCACUGUGCUGUAAGUUCAAGUGUCAUGCUGUGAUAUAUUAUUGGAGUUACAUUGCUGUUACUAGUGUCAAACACAUGGCUCUUUUGAUCUAUGAGUCAGUGUCUCAAAGUCAGUUGCUGAGUCAAGCAUCCAAAACUCAUCUUUUAGAAAAAAUUAAUAAUGCUUUUGUGAAAUGAAAAUGUGCAAGUUACCAGAAGUAAGCAAUUGAAGGAAAGAAGACUUCAUAAUGAUUAGCUUACAGGUUGUGUGUAUUUCUUUGUUAUUUUUUUCUGAAUUUCAGCCAUGGCCAGUUUUUGUGCUUCCUGUUCUGCUCUACUUAAUGAUGACCUGACUCGUCACCUCUUGGCUACUACAGAUGCAUGUUUAGCUAUGAUACCAAGGUAAAAUAUUUCAAGAAAAACAAACUCAUGCUAAGUUAAUUUUUUUGCUCUUAUCAGGAGUCUCAUGUCGCAUUUGAUAAAAAAGUUUAGUAGGACGGUUCUUUGCAUGGUGAAUUAGCAAAACCAAUCUGCACCACUCAAAGUUUUCAAUGUUUCUGCUAUUCAAGGGAGCGGAUACAAAUACUAAUUAGUUCUUGCGUAGAGUUUGCUGAAGUGUACGUUGUACAUGCACCUUAAGUGUCUUGUUCUUUUUCUUCAUCACUUGUGAUGAGAAAAGGCUUUUGGACCAGGUAAACUCUAUAGCAUCCAGCAAAUCAUGGUUAGCACCUCACAAUUCUUCCAGUUGACUAGGAGAAACUCUGUAGUUCCUUGAAUGGCAGUUGUUGGAUUAAGUGGAUCUCAUGCCCAAAACCCAAGAUCCUUAUCACAAACUGGCAAAAAAUAUGGGACAUGUACUCUGACAAUCCCUUCAAUUCUGUUCGCUGCCUUAGAGUCAGUUGCCUUUUAUUGCAAUCUAUUACACUGAUAUCUACCUUCGACUUGGAGAAGAUGACUUCUUUUACAGCACGGUCCUUGUCCUGGUUAAGUCCAUCAAGGACUGUGGUCAAUAGUCGUAAAUAUACACUGGCAUGUGAAGUCUUGGAAGACAGUGUCACCAUUUGUCCAACAUGAUCGGGUCUCCACGAGAACCAAACGUCGUUUACUGCCAGAGCUCUAAGUUGCCCGUCCUUGUGUCACCGAUAUAUGUUGCUUUGAUUCUAGGACACCACUAUGCUUAAUAACAGCUUCAGAUGGACUUACAUGGUGCUCAUAAGCAAUAUAAAGCAACACAAAACAAAGUCAAGUGAAGAAUGAUCCUUGCAGUUGUGAAUGCAAUUUAUGCAAUUGCCUAAGGAGCCCGAAAAAAAUUAAGGAAUUCAACGGGAUCUGAACCCGUGACCAGCUCUCAACAUCAGUGGCUUCAUAGCUUAAGUGGUUAGAGCAUCGCUCGGGUAUCGUGAGGUCACGGGUUCAAAUGCUGUUGAAGUCCCAAAUUUUUUUAAGGCUUCUUACGCAAUUGCAUAAAUUGCGUUCACAACUGCAAAGAUCAUUCUUGACUUGAUUUCAUUUCCACAGUUCUUAUAUAUGAUUUGUCCCAUAUACUUUUGUCACAACAUAAUGACAAAGUGUCCCCCUUUACGGUAACCCUAGGGUGGGGGACUUAUGCUACUAUCGGAAAUAAUAAUAGUCUUAUACAUUUAAAUGAAUACUACGUAACACAUUUGCGUUUGUUUAGCUUUCCUCAGAUAAUCAAGCAGCAUGGGAAUCAUUUGAAGGCCAGUUCAGCUAUUGUCAGAUUACGAUUAUAUUCAGUACUUUCUCUUCUGCGACCAAAGCUCUAUGAAGGUUUGUACCCUAGCAAGACCUUAAGGAAAGCUGUUCCAAAGAGGAGAAUAGUUCCUUGUGUUUGAUCAUGGCAUUUCACCUCCGCUUUUGCAUUGUCUGAUAUCACUUUCCUUGUCCAACAUACUUGCACUAAUAAGCUAGUGUAUUUGAUAUUGUAUAUUUAUGACCCUUCGGGAGGUAUUCUAACACUUUCACGUGGAAUUAGCUGAUGCUUCCAAAUUUGAACUAAGGCUUAUACAAAGUGUUUGACAUAACUGGAGUACUAUUGUUAAUCAGCUCUCGUUUAGGGAAACUCUAAUCUUUAUAUAAUGCCGAAAAAGAAAAAUAAUAACAUACUGGAAAACAGUUUUUUUGAGAGAUAUCAUUUUGUCAACAAGCUCACGAGUUGGUACAUCAGUACUUCUCCUUUAUAGGUGUUCUUACACAAACUGUAGAUACACGUACACAUAACAGCCGUGAGAUAAGGUGAGGUGUGUGGAAUCGUCAACGGGAGACUUUCUUUAGCCUUGUCUUAAAAGUAUAUUUUAUUUUUAAUAGCAUUAACUUUAAAAGCGAAAAUCGGUUUUCACUUUUGGUGUGUACACCCCAAUAUAUUUUUUCCUGUGCACCUCUGUAGGAAGCUUUCAUUCUCUGUUGCGCUGCUUGGUGGCAGAAUUCACUUUGGCAGAAAAUCCUGCCAUGACAACUACAUCGCUACUGCGCACUGUGUGCCACAAGGAUGAUUCUAUUCUGCUUGGCUCAUGGCUUCAGGAAACAGACCACAAGUUUGUUGAGGAGCAGGUGUGUAAAACGUCAAGCAGAGUCUUCUGUUUGAGUUUGAAAGUAAUCUGAUGUUGCUGGAUGAACAAAAGUUCAAAUGUUUGCAUCGUUAUUUAUGUGUGCACUGUAUCUACUACUUGCUUUUAAAAACCUGAUCUUUUUCUUUUCUUAUUCCAGCUUCAAACCAAUAGUGCAUCAGGAUCUGGAUCUCUUGAACAUGAUCCAUCAUGUAUAUUUGAACGCUGCCCUGAGGUAUACUUGUCAAACAGCGGACAUUUUUAUUUUAUUUGCAAAAUAUUAUCGGCAGUUUCUGUCGAUUUUUGUCACUUCUGCAUUUUCCUGGUUAAAAACAUAGUUACUAGAGAGCAAUGGUUAUGAAGCCCGUCAGAUGUUUUUGUGGACCUGACGAUACACAACGUUCAAUAGAAUUCCUAUCAUUUUGACUGAUCUUAUUGGCAAAUAAAAACGUCACAUUGAUUUCAGAUUGUUCCGUCAUAUUUUGUUAACGAAAAAAAUGUUGUUCUUAUCUUCAAAUUCGAUGUUUGCCGUCUUUCUCAACCAGUCUUACUACACUGUAUGUUGAAAACUGCUGGGUACUUUACUUUCCACCUUCAGUUGUUCAAUUUAAUAACUUUGUCUGCCCUUUCAAAACUGUUUGUUUUGUGUAUGUUGAAUAAACCAGAGCAGCCGUGCAUUUGAGCUUCCAAUAUUGACAGAUGAUGACAGUGUUUCUUUAAAACUUUUGUAACUGUAAUGUCAACUAUUUUGCGGCUUAAGAGUAGAACCAUUGGGAAAAGAAUCAUAAGGGUGGUCAGUUUGUCUGUUAACAAGUUGUCCGAAUCAUAGGGUAGAGAUGUGAAAGAUAUGAUAAUCAGCGUUUCACAAGAGUAGACAAGUAAUUUCUUUUUCACCCGCUUGAGACGUGCUGAUUAUCACAUCUUAAACAUUCAUUUACUGAGCUCAAAAAUGAAAAUUGCCCGGCAUCUUUCUUUAUUUAUCACAACAGGGUGAAGAUGUUCCUGGCCCGCUGCCGUUAGGUGUGGCAGUCAUAGAUUGGUCCAUCAAACUCUUUGGAGCUGUGUUCCCAUAUGUUGCACAAAAGCACCGCAGUCAGCUGCUGGCUCAUUUUGCUGAGUGUAUUCGGCAGGCCAAGUCAUCAAGACAACAAGCGAUACAAACCAACAUCUUGACAGCAUUUCUCGUUUCCCUGAAGGUAUUGCCAGUACACCUUCUUAAACAAAUUCAAAACAUUCCUCCCAUCUCUGCGUUAAGUUCCCAUCUGUAAAACAUUUGCCUGUCCUUGAACAGUUGCCGCUGCAUAUGAAGGGAUGCUUACUCUCGACUAGCAGAUAUUCUUUAUAAAAGCAGUUGUCAUAUGUUGAGUGGUAUUUUUGCGUAUUCUAUAUUUUUGAGUUGCAGUAGUAGUUCGGCGAUUCUGUCUUUGAAUAACAAACCUGUGGAAUCUUCCACGAUUUUCUCCAGUUUCUCGCUGUCAAAGCAGCUGAAUCGCCACGUCACGUAUCCCUCUUUCUGUUAAUAUCAUUACAAUUGACGACAAUUGUAUCGAUCCAGCCUCCUCCUUCACAGGCAACUCCGGUUACACGAUCCAUAUGGGCGAUUCUUCUCUAAAUUUGUUCAACGCUUGCUGAUUUUGAAAAAUUAUCCGGGGGGGAUUCAAAGCCAAUCAGAAAAGGAGAAUGAAUUGUUUUGAACGAAUAAUGGGUGGGUAAUGGGUGGUGGACCUUAUUACUGGAGGUAAUAACUAUGACCAAGAUAGCUGUUAGGGAAACAUACAAAGUAAAUGAUAUAACGAACGUCUGUUUCAUACCUUCUACCUGAAUUGUAAAGUGAAAAAUAACAACAAUUAUUUGUGUUCAGGGACUGGCUGAGUCAAAGACCGGUGUGGGUGAUGAGGAUGUAAGAAAUACUGCUGUCAAUUUAGUCAUGGUAAGUCUUCUGGAGCCACUUUUCUUUUUGUCACCUACAGUCAAUUUUGUGCUCGUGCUUUUAGUCAAAAUAGGUUGAAAGAUACGCCUUAGCCGAGGUACGCUUUUGCCGAGAGUAAACAAUGGACAUUAUUUUUAUUACUAUUUAGGCUUUUCACUGAUAUUGUUUUUAUGGUUAUGUGACCAUCCAACCUUGAAUAGCGAGCUAAUCAAGACAAGAGUAAGAUUUAAAUCAUUGAAAAUUUAGGAACUAGAAUAGAAGGGAGAAGCUUAAACUAAAUGCACCCAAACGGAAGUUACAAAGAGAGUGUGAUUUGUUUCAUCUUUUUAAAGUACUUGUCUUCUUCUUGAUAACAGUUCUUACAUAUAAAAAGUGUCUUACGACUGGGUCUUUUUUCUAGGCUAGAUUACACUGGGGCAGAUUGUUCCAGAUUCUCAAAUGCUUCCUGGGGGCCCGUUUCUCGAAAGACUCGGAAACUUUUCAGGCACGAAGACACAUGUUAAAAUCCUAACCUGUUGAAUAGGUAGCACAGUUGCUAGCCCACAAACCAGUCAAUUUUGCCUCUUUAACUGACAGUUUCAUUGAAUUAUUUUCAAAAUUAUUGAAACUUUGAUCUUGAAUGCAAACACAACAAACACAAAACAGCUUUCCGGGCCCGAAAAGUUACCGAGACUUUCGAGAAACGGACCCCUGAUUCGUUAGAUUGGGGUAUUACAGGGCGUUCACACACUGGCUUCAAUUAAUUGGAGAAAGUCCACUCGGAUACAAAUUGUUCUGGCACUUAAGAUUCCAGAUAAAAAAUCUCUGGACACUCGACCAAACCGGGACUUGUUUUUGCGUGUAAAAAAAGAAAAACAAAUCCAGUACCAAAGUGUAAGAUCCGUCCCGAUUUCGGGAAAAUCUUCGCCAAAAUGACCCUAGCCAAGCUUACAUGUAGAAGAUUUGCUCAUGUUUGUUUAAUUACAGGGUGCUGUAACAAAUCCUGAUCCGAUUGUUCGCUGUGCCGCGGGUGAAGCUCUGGGACGCAUAGCUCAAGCUGUAGGGAGUCCUAUUUUUACAUCAAACAUAACUCAGAAGAUCUUUGAUCAGCUGAAGGCGGCUCGGGAUGCUGUAUCCAGGACUGGAUAUUCUGUUGCACUCGGUUGUAUUCACCGAUAUGUUGGAGGAAUGGCAUCAGGACAUCAUCUAAACAGCAGUGUUAGCAUACUUCUCGCCUUAGCCAAGGAUAGUUCGUCCUCCUUAGUCCAAGUAUGUUAUGUCAGCCAAACAUUUUCUUUUUUUUUCAAUCGGCGACAAAAUGAGUUGAGACAUUUCGCGCUAAAGGGGCUUUUUGACGUUUUCCUGACUUCAAAAGAGGAAAAUAUAAUUUUUCCUCCCCCAUCCCCUCCAUGCAAUUUUGUGCCGAUGUUCGAGCUAUCUUUAGAAAACAACAAACGCCCCAACUUUGAAUGGAGGGGACAGGGGAGGAGUGUGGAUUCGUAUGUUGUCUGAAGUUACCCUAUUUGAGUACAAUGUCUCAAAAACUUUGUCGCCGAUUGUGGUCAUAACAGAGACAUAUUCCAUAAAUCAAUAGACCCUUCCAGGGUUUUUUCAACUUUUGGCUGGGACCAACUAGCGAAAAUCCCUCAACACGGCUAAAAGUACCCCUUACAAUUAGUCAAGUUGCCAAGUUUAAACGUAAUUUGUUGAAAACUAGCGAAGAAGUAGCUACGCAAACUCGCCGAGUUUUACAAAGGUUUGUAUGGUGGGGGGAAAGUUUGUGCCCCCCACCAGACAUACGUCUGGAAAAUUUCGCGACUUUGUGGACCAAUAUCUUCGCUCGCUUUGGACGUAUCUGAGAAAGGCUACGGAGAGAGUACACUUUAAGCAGAUAGUCGUAAAAGUUUUGAGGUCAUCGGGGACAUGAGAAAUUUGCCAGGCCUUAAAAUCUUAAUUCAUGAAAAUUAUGAUUACUGCAAUAUGUCAAUAUCACCUUACCAUUAUUGUAAAUGACUUGUGAGUCAGGGUAAUUGUAAGAAUUUCUCUUUGCUUACCCUUAUAUUUUUUUUCUGCUUUGGGCCGGGCAUCCUAGAUAGUUGAUCAAGCUAUGUUUUUGGAAGCAAUUCCUCCGCAAAUGAUUAAAUGUUUACAUGCGCAUUUAAGAUAAUUGUCCACAGAAUUCCGAGGUAUAACGUUAUCAAGGAGGCUGAACAAUUCACUGCAUUGUGCAUGGUAAUUUAUAUGUAGGUUUGGGCAUUGCAUGCUUUGGCUCUCAUUGCCGACUGUGGUGGUCCAAUGUUCCGAAGCUAUGUUAAUCCAACCUUGGAGCAAGUUGUUGACCUUGUUUUGACCGUACCAUCUGCUAUAACCGAAGUUCACCAAUGUCUUGGGAAAUGCCUGGCUGCUCUUAUUACAUCGAUUGGUCCUGAACUUCAAGGUGAGCGGGAACCUCAAUUGUCAUCAGUCAAUACGUCAUAGAAGACACUGCACUGUUCAGACAUGUUUCGGCAGUUUGAUAAGUUCUUCUUAGGGCCUGUUUACAUGGAGUGGGGGACCCCAGUCUAGUGGGGUUGGUUUCUUUUGUUUUCACGCUCUGGAGGACACAAAACAAAAGAAACCUACCCCACUAGACCGGGGUCCCCCACUCCAUGUAAACAGUCUAAGUUGCAAAUGUUUAUGAUGGAAUUGAAUACAACAUAAACUUUAAGAACGCUUAAAACUUGGGGGUUAGACUUAACGAUGAGUUUUCUUUGUAAUAGUAUUCAAUAGUUUUUGCUUACAGUCGAUUUGCAGAAAAGUUUUAACUCGAGGAGGUGAGUUCUUAUAAGCUACAACAAAUUUAAACGACAAUUAUUGAUCUAAUGUGUUAGAAUAGUGGCCUUUUUGAAACUCCAUUCAACACUUUUUUCAAUUUGUAGGAACAUCAAAGUCAAUCCGAGACCUGCGUCUGUCAUGCGUGGUGGCCUGUGCCAUCAUGCAAAACCAUCCGGAUUCAUUAGUUCAAGCAGAAGCAAUCAACUGCCUUCAGCAGCUUCAUGUGUUUGCACCGAGCCAUAUUAACAUAGGAACUGUUGUUCGCAAAUUAUGCGUCAACCUUUCAAGCCCUCACCUGUUGUUACGGCGAGCUACGGUAGCUUGUCUUCGUCAAUUAUCGCAGAGAGAAGCAAAAGAAGUCUGUGAAAAUGCUUCCGCUGCUGCAGAGGAGCUAAAUAAAAGACGGCAGUCCAGUUAUGCUGUUGUUAUUGGCGACAAAGGCUUAGAAGGUAUAGAUUUUAGUGGUUGGUCUAGGGCGCGCUUUUGUGCAUGCUGUGCUUUUUUAACACCUUCUCCUGUAUAGAAAGGAGAAGUGGUUACGUCACGUUGCCAUGGUAGCAGGAUCUCUGGAUCUCAACCGUGGUCCUGCUGGAAAUAUGGUAGAAAAAAAGUUGACAUGUACAGUGGAACCUCGAUUUAACCAACGACUAUAUAAUGAAGUCAACGGUAUAACGAACGAUAUUCUUCGCCCCAGUAAUAGAAAACUACAGCUAUUUCGAGGAAGGUUUUUCGGAUAAAGUGCACGCUACAACCCCGAAAGGUAUUGUGGGUGGUUUUGAGUUCACGGUUUUUUCAAAGAAAAUUGAAAGAAUGGCACGAGAGGCCAUGGACAUAUGUUUGCGAGUGCUAAAGGAAAGCAACAAUAGAAGAUUCGACAGCUAUAGUGUCGGGAACAGUGUAUUGAUCAUAUCCCCUAUUACCUUUCGCGAUUGUCGCGUGCACAUUUUUUCCGACAACCUUUCUCGAAAUAGCAGUAUAUGGGAAAGAACCUCGACAUAAGGAAACUUUGUUAUAGCGCAAGUAUUUUGCUAACCCCUCCGUGGCCCUUCAUUUUAUCGAGGUUGUACUGUAUGACUUCCCCGUUCAUGAUUGCACUCAGGAACUAAAAAGUACUGUAACUUGUUUUUUAGGUGCAUUGUUUGGCAUGUUGGACACAGAGACUGAUGUACGGUUAACAUCUGAUAUUCAUGAUACUUUAAACAGCAUGCUUCAGUCUCUUGCUGCUAAUAAUCUCACUCACUGGCUGGGGCUGUGUAGGGAUGUCUUGUCGGCAUCUAAAAGCAGUAAAGGAGGAAACGGAGGGGACGCUCAAAAGAGAGAAACUGAAGAAGGUGAAAUAUUGACACUAUAUGAAUAUUUUGUUGUAAGUGAUGUUUGAAAAACCUAGACAGCGCGAUAAGACGAGACAAUUUAGAAUGCUUGAUGUUAACUCGUCAAAUUAUGAAACGGUUUAAUAUUUUAAGGAAUUAAGACAUGGCACCGUAAACUGUUUAAACAAUGCCUGACAAUUAGUAAAAAUGACUGAAACUGAAAUAAGGCCUGAUUUGGCGCUCCAUUCCGUGUAAUUGUUUUCGAACGAAAAAACUUUUUCAUUCUUUGUAAUAGUUAGUUCCCAAGACUUCAAGAACAAUGGUACGCUAAAAAAGUUGAGAGUAAGUUAGAUUUUUGUAAGUUAUGAAUAUCCCCAUUGGGAAACUGCGCACUAGUGAAGGAUGUUGAUUUGUUUUGGUUGUCCUGUGCAUUGCCCCUUUAGAAGCUGAUGAGGGAGGGGAGGGUGAUGCUGAUGAAGGAGGAGGAAUGACAGCAGGGGAGGCCCCUGAGGAAACUCAUCCCAAGGUGGAUCCAAGAUGGCCAACAAGAGUGUUUGCUACUGAAUGUAUCAAGAAAAUCAUUACCGUUUGUCAGUCAAGACAACAGGCUCACUUUGAUUUAGCACUGGCUCGUGAGAGGCGGCAGCAGACUGGAGAAGGUAGGAGUAAUUAUGUGAACUCCUAAGCCGGACUGUCAGGUGUUUGUCUGCUUUAUCUUAUAAACCUUUGUAAGUAUCUACCCUUGCAGUUUCCAAGACCGUAAAAUCCCCAGAAGGGCUUAAGCGAGUUAAAAGAUCACAUACUUCAAAGUUUGUAGCAAUAUCACGUUUAUUUUGAGACAUGAACGGCAACGCAAAAAAAAUAUUAUGUUACUUAGGUUUUCUUGAAGACCCAAUUUUAUAGAGGUUGUCCAUUUGCCAUGCAAACAGAAGAGUGGACACCUUUCCUUUAUAGGAUGUGAUUCCUUUCUCCAACAGACAUAUUCAAAAUGUAUUUCCGCUAUGUUACAGUACAUACCUCCCAAAAGGAAAUGCAGCUUGAGGAGCAUCAAAGUUGUCAACGCCAUCACUGUCAUUUCUCAACCUUUUUUUUUUCUUAUUUUCGUUGUUUUUUCAGAUUUUCUAGUCAUGCAUCUUCAAGAGCUCGUCAGAAUGGUGUUUAUCGCAGCCACAGCCAUCUGUGAUCAGUUGAAGCUAGCAGGGUUGAGCACUUUACAGGUACAUUAACCAACUCUUUUAUAUGGUGGCUCGAUUCAUUAACUCUAUAAUUAUUGACAUGUAAAGGUCUUUCUUUAGUUGAACAGUCACUUCCUCUUAACUAUUCUCCCUCCUCCUCGUCCAAAAAUAAAAAAUUCGCUCGUCUAAAGAUUUAGUGCCCUCCCCCACCCGCUGCAUUUGAUUUAGUAGUUUACAGUCCCUAUUAAGAUAUUAAGUGGGUCCCUUACGUUAGGCGAGACCCUGUUCACCGUCCUCAUACGCGACUGGACUGUCUUCUGCGUUUUAUUUUCGGCCUGUGUGAGUGUGACUUUAAUAUUCUUUGUAAAUUUAUUUCAGGAUGUUGUUAACAUAUUUGCUUCAGUUUCUGACCCUGAUUAUCCAGGUCAUGUUAUACUCGAGCAGUUUCAAGCUCAGGUGAGAGUUGUCACUCUCGAUUGUCCGUUCUGAGGUAGUUCAAUCAAUCAAUCAAUCCUUCAACUAAUCAACUUAUUUGUGUCAUAGCUUGGGAUAGGGCUGCCCCGAAUAUCCGUGUCAGAGGUUCACGUAUAAAACGCAUAAAUGUAGGCAAUGAGACAAAACAUAAUGAAUUUAUUUAGUUUUCAAUGAAAUGUUGCGAUAGAUGUACCAGAAAAUAUGAACGUAUCGUCUAAAAAUGAACUAACAAUGAUUCGCAGGGAGCAGUAAAAAUGCAGAAAAGAAGAAGAAAGAAUAACAGGGCAACUGAAAAACUUUCCGAUUGAACACGAUCUCUAAACAAAAAACUCAAGGUUUAAAUUCCCCAUUUGUAAUAACUGAAGACAAUAGCCUCGCUCUGCGUAAUUGUGGGUAAACUGUAGUAGGUCGCAAGAAGUGCGCUAACCACAGUACCUUCUUCUGUUAAACAUGAGGCGUGAUGUGUUUUUACAGGUCGGCGCUGCUUUACGACCAGCGUUUGCGUCUGACAUGCCGUCUGAUGUUACUGCUAUGGCGUGUGAGGUCAGUAAAAUUAUAUUGUGAUCUUGACCAUUGAGCUUAAAUUUCCUGUAUUGCAGCUUACAACGUACAAAGCACUGUUACGGUGGUUCCAAUCGAAUGUCAGUAAACCAAAAGCAAAGUAUUUGCAGAAGCAAAUCAACCAAUCAGCACACUCCAAGCAAGUACAUGCAUUUGAGGACUCUUUUGUAAAUCACUUUAUCAGUGAAAUUGAUAUCCUCAAUAAAGAUUAUUAUUAUUAUUAUUAACCAGUGCCGGUCAAGAGCAGGAAAAACUCUCUCGAGCAGGUCGCGAUCGGGUUAAGUUUUGUGAUUGGUUGAAAUGUUGGCGUGAGAUUGUUUUCAGCCAAUCACAAACUAUACCAAUGAAUGAAAAGUCAAGCUUCUCUUUCUACUUUCACACUGAUCACGCCGUAUAGCACACGUUUACUGCGUUGAGAGCCUUUCAAGUUUUGGGCCUGUUAUCAGUGUUACAAGCAUGUACUUCUUGUGAACGUGAUAUUAGAUAUGAGCUUUCACAAUUAACUGUGUAUAGAAAUUUAUAUGUGAUUUUUUUCACUCAUGCCCUUUUUAAACCACAAUUUAGUAGAGGUAUUCCAUGGAUUAUCUUUGUUUUUUGUGUUUUCAGGUCUGCAGUGCAUGGAUUGCUAGCGGCAUUGCACGAGACUUGAAUGAUGUACGCAGAAUUCAGCAACUGUUAGUAACUAAGCUCUCGAAAGUUGGACAAGCAAAAGAUUCUUCUUUACAGCUGUACAAUGAGGCUGCCACUACAAUGGAAAAGCUUGCUGUUUUGAAAGCUUGGGCAGAGGUUCUGUUUAUUUGAUUUUAUUGUGUAUUAUUUUCAGUUUUGUAUGAUCGGUAGAACUCAGCUUAGAUACAUUGUCCAUGUUGUACAUGGACAUAAGCUCCCUUAUGGAGACUGAAUAUGUUGCCAAUAUUCUUUGUAUUCUUGUUAUGGAACAUGACCAAUUGAUCGUACCCUUGGUGAGACGUCUUGUUGUUUCAAAGAAGCUAAGUUUUUCAUUGUUAAUGCAGUUUUGGCUUUCACUAAGGGUUCACAGAACUGCCUAAAAGAAAUAUCAGGGUGCUCGGAUUGGCAAAAUUGGAGAAGUUUUAAGCGGAUUACGUAGAGGAGACCUUGUAAAAAACGUCCGUCUGAUUUAAAGUUCAGGUCCCGGUUGUUCACUAUCCAGUGGAUUGGUAUUAGGGAAGGCAUUUGCGUUAUCCACUGGAUAGAGAUUUAUCCCGUAAAUACUGUUAUCCAUCUUUCGAACAACUGGGCCCUGAUCUCUUGAUUACUGGCUAUGAAAUCAAGCGCGCGGAAACCGGUGAUAUACCUAGUCUCACAAGAGUAAUAUUUGCUGUGUUGAUAUCAGGUGUACAUAGUUGCCAUGAAGCAGCAGGAUAGUCCGACUCCAUCGAGUGCAGGUGAAGAGGAAGACUUUACAGAAUCUUCUGGCAGCCUUUUGGAGUUAGUGCAACCAGAAUUAAAAUCGCUUAGUAAAUACUGGCUCGGAGCUCUGAAGGAUCAUGCGCUUCUUGCUUUGCCGGCCGAAUAUUCAUCUCAGCUGCCACCCCAGGGCGGGAUGUUUUACAGGUACCGUAUUAACCUUUAGUCUUAAAUGAUACAGAUGGAACAGUUGUUGAUAAGAAAGAUGUCCUCAGCAUGACAUAAGCACUGGGCAAUGAUUUUUGCCCAAUAAUAAUUAGAUCUAGGGUCUCUGUUAACUAGUGGGUGUUCAAUGCACAAUUUUGUUGAUGUUUUUGUUUUAAUUAGUAAGCUGAAAAUGGAGACGCAACUCAGAGCGAUGAAAUUUAGAGUUGCAGUUCUACUUUAAAUCACGCUGAGUUAGAAAAGUUUUAGAAUUUCUUUACGUAACAAUAUUUGCUUUGUUGAUGUGCUGUAGCCCUGACUCUAUGGAUCAAGCCAAACCUCAUUACCAGAGUAGUUGGCCUUCUGUUGUUCAUGCAGCUUCUUUGUGGUUAAAUAAUGGAGGAUUUGAGAGCAUAAAGCGUGAUAUGGAACAAGGUAAGUUACCAAGGUAAAUGAAUGACCUGGGUUUGACAUAAUGAUGAAUAUUUCACGUUUGUCAAAAUAAACCAAACAAAAACAACAACAACAGCUAACUAACUAACGUUACUAAGAGAGGAAUGCACUUGACAGUUUCAAGAAUUGACGAAACUUCGGCCUUUGAAGUGUGCCCAAACCAACUUGGCUAGAGACACCUUCAAGGUGGAAUUAAAAUUUGUGACAUGUUGAUUUUAGAGGAGAUGGGGAAACUGGAGAAAUAAGCAAAGAAGAGAAUCAACCCACAAAAGAUGUGUGCCGAGUGCGCGACUCGAACACAGGAUACAUUGGUGGGAAUUCUUUCAACACUGUGCCAUCAUCCCUGCUCCUCAUACCACCCGACGCUUACGUUAAUCACAAGGCCAGGAAAAUCGUUCCUGAAUACGAACUUAUAUUUAUCUCUUAAGUUCUUUUUUAUCAGCUUUACUGCGGUCAGACAAUUGUCCCUGGAACCACUUCUUCGAGAACGUAGAGUUUUAUGACGGAGUUGGGAGGCGGGAAGAACUAACUGUAGAGUGGCCUUUGUUCUUCCAGGGUUAUCAAGCGGUUCUUUAGAAAUUAACACUGGACCAGUGAUCACAACUGCUAAGACACCAACAGAAGUCAACGCCGAUUACUUUCAUUUACUGGUGGGGAUCUGCAUGGAGUCUUUGUGUUCAUCUAGAGCGACGCAACCUAACAGUACUGUGUCUGCCUGUCUGAGUGCAUUCUACAGUUUGCUAGAUUCACAAUGGGCGAGAACACUCAUUGGAAAAGAACAGGUGAUGUCAACAAAAUGUUUUAUUUUUCUUCAAAUAUGAGCAUUUAAAAGAUUCGUGAAUUCGGACCCUGAUUGUUUCUUUUUGUUUUGUGCGUUUGCAUUGGCAGAGUACUGUGAGAGUGGCGUAAUUACUGUGGUCAGUGUUUUUCUUGUUUUAAAUAUCUAAAACAACAAAGAUUAGCAAGUAGUCUAUGCCAAAACUGCAGGGAGUGGUUUCAUUUCUGUGAUCACUCCAGAGUAUUAGAGUAGUUUUGGCCCCCCUUGACUGUGACUGACCCCCGUUGAAUACUUUGUUGUCAAUGCGGUUGUUGGUGUAGUCUGUAGUAAUCUACCACUACCGUUGUCUCUUAAAUAAUCCCCCCUAGAAGGCUUAUACAGUAUUCUUUCCAGCUAUUUUCGAGAGGGAGGGUGACCCAUGGUUGUUAAAACUCGAUUUAUCAGUCAGCUGUAUUUUAACGAACCUUUGAGUGAACAUAAUUGAAUAAUUUGUGGCCGUUCAAUAACGGGAAGCGUAUUGGAGUGGGGGAGGCUUAAACGAGAGAGGUUACAGUAAAUUAAAAAAAAAAAUUACCUUUAAAUUUUGUUUCCAAGCAAGUCAUAUCUCCAUGUUUUCCUGUUUUUUCUUGGCAGAUUCUUGGCGUUGAGUUGCUGAGUGUGUUACACAGAGUGCUGCUUACACGAGAGUCACUUGAUAUUCACUUUGCUGCAAUCAGGGUUGUUAGCCAGAUUAUUAAAGCAGCACAGGAAUCAUUAGACAGCAAAAAGGCUGCAAAUGCUGAGUACGUAACAUGUCACUUUAUUAUAUCAAUUAUAAAGAAUGACCAUAUAAAUAAAUUUAGUUAUAUGAACAGCUGUAACAGCGGUAGAAUUUCUUCCUGGACCUGCUACAAUUGUUAUAGUCUUGUUUUCCCCUUACACCUUUCCCUUACACCUCUCUACUGUGAAGAGACAGAGCUUCCGCUUAAGGGAAGUUCCUUGCGUGCCCACUAAACCAGUUAAGAAUGUUAAAAGACUUUUGGAUUGUACCGUAUAGUUGUAGCUGCUUGCUUUGUUGUUUUGCAAGUCACCAGACAAAAUAGAGUAUUAGAAAUUAUUUUGUUUCUUUCUAAAGCACCAGUGAAAGCAGUGGAGAGGAGAGUGAAGGAGAAGAAGAUUUGACGCCUGGCCGAUCUUUGGUGUUUGGUGUCAUGGAGAUUUGUAUGUGUGUACUCAGAAGGCAGCUGCCAAAUCUCCUCCCGUCAUCUGCUUCUAAUCAACAGCCAGUGUUACUCGUAGCCAUUGGCUCAGGUUUCAAAUGUAAGCCCGAUUACUUUUUGACUGUAGUUCGUGAUAGAGCGCCUCUGUAUACCCAUCAAUUUGUCCCAGUAAACGCGUUUGAGAGCCUGGUAUCGCGACCGUCAAGGCAGUAGGCGUGCCGAAUUCCAGAAUGUGGCAGGGUGGGGCUCACUUUCGUUGAACUGACUAAGACGAGGCUGGAUACUCUUGGACGCGGUAACAACUCCCACUCGACGACGUGUCGUGCCACAAGGGGGAGGAAAACGUUGGUUAACUGGUGUGUUUGGCCGGCUAAUUGACGUACUCAGUGGGAGUAAUAGCGAUGGCCUGACGCCGUGCUGAAACAGCAACAACAACGAAAAACAACAAUUGUAUUUGUAAUUACAAAUUUUGAGGAGAAGCACGGUCUACAGCUAGAAAAGCUAUUCAAGGCGGACAGUGUAUGCAACUAUAAGCUCUUUAAGGCAGAUGUAUUGAUUGCGGAUUUUACUCAUGACGGUUCAGAUGCUUUUGUUUUUAACCCAUUAACAGGCCGUUUUUGAUAUACCUUAAUAUUUUGGUAACUUCAUAGUUGUGGUAUUCUAAGAAAAGGCUUGUUGGAUUGUAUUUUUUAUUUUCUUUUUCUCUGCAUUGUUAUUUCCUAGCCUUAACAGAGCAGAGUUCUAAAUUGAUAUGUGAAGCAGUGUCCAUCCUGCCAGCAGUAACCGGCCUGUGCACUCCAGAAGCUUCAGUUAAUGUGUUACCAAGUGUACUGUACCUUCUGACUUGUGCGUUACGUGAAGUUGCGUUAAUCAUGGACUCCUCGUCACAAAAGGCUAGAUCAGCUAUACUACAAGCUUUGAAACAGCUUACCACCUCACCAUAUACGCACAAUCCUAAAUGCUCCAAGGACUGGAUUGACUUGCUUCAAAGGUUGCUCUCUUAUUGAUAAUUUGUACUCUAAGUAGUAGAUGUUUUACUCUGCAGAGUGGAAGAAAAACCGGAUAUUCACUGAGCAAAAUACCCUUGGUCUAAAGUCAAUUUGUAUUGCAAGGUGUUAUUCAUUGUUUUUUUUCUGUCUAUCGUUUGUCCCAGGCCAUCCAUUAGCGACCGUAUAAAGCAAUGAGAACGUUGACAUCCCGGAAGUUUUCCAGGACUCGAAAGAAAACUUGGAAUCCAGCAUGUCCUUUGGGCAAGCAGCCUUGCUAUUCUUUUGUCCCAGGGCCACUUCUUUCUUGACUUAGUUAAUGAUUUUGUUAGAGGAUGACUUUCCUGGACUCUUGCCCACUUGGCGAGUAAGCUUAAGUUACUUGCACAGCAAGAAAAUCUACUUGUCCCAGAUUACGGGACGGGAAUGUUUUCGAGCCUUGUUUUCAGACAAAAGCGUUGUAUUAAGUAAGAAACCAAACUUCCGGUUGCUAUUAUGAUGUCCAGGACGUCAGUGUUAUCGUUGCUUUAGCUUACUUCUUUGUCAUUUAUCGCGACAUUUCGAUCACCUACUGUUGGUCUUCAUCAGUCGAUGGUGUCGCUUGCUGAAAGGGACCAUAAGUAACGCCCUAGUUGCUUAUGAUUGAUGCAGUGCCAACCCCACUCAUGGUCAGUUUGCUCGGCAAAAAGGGCCAGCAAGAAUCUUGUUAUGACAAAGUCAAUUUGUAACUUAAGCCUGGUUCUCAUAUGCCGCCGAUGUAUUAGCAACGUAGCCGACAGUACCGCCUGGGACACUUCUCGAACGAAUGAGAACAUGCGCCGCCGGCAACUAGAGCCAUCGCAGAGAUUUACCGCCCGCAUGCCUGCGAAGUUGAACUUGGGUCAACUUCGCAGGCUUGCCGGCAGUAAAGACUGGGAUGACCAGUGUUGCCACCCACUUCUGUUCUCAUAUCGGAACAGUAUCCCAGCCGGGCAGUACCGGCGGUCACGUCGCAGGUGGAUCCGCGGCAUAUGAGAACCAGGCUUUACUUAUCGCUUAUUUAUGAUCUUUUCAUUUGACAGUGCAUUAGCCACAGUGCUGUCGGAUGCUAAAGCCAAUGUAGGUAAUACACCAAACGUAGCCGCUCCGCAGUCAGUUGCAAUGGAUGACAGUGUUUUCAUGUUAGCAUUGGCUAUCUUUAUUCUCUCUGCACCCAAAGAAAUUGUAUUGGCAUCAGAUCUACAGAGCCAAUGCAUCAAUGUAUUUAACAGGUGUAUCACAUCGACUAACAUCCAGGUCAGUAGGUUAUUUUAUCGAUCUUUUAGGGUUCGUGCAAAAAUCUUUUACUAGGAAAUGUAAAAAACGUUAUAGUCACAGAAUUCGCGGCUUUUCUGUAAAUCGAUUGGAAAUGGUUCUCUUUUUACCACAUUUGCAGUAACCUGACGGCUGCGCGCUGGCAUAAUUCGAUGUCAAUUGUUUUGUGUUUUGGACCCUUUUCAUGUGAGCCGGGCUUGCCGUCUUUACUGGGAUAACUCUGAGCUCUGGGUAUCAUGUGGCGGGCCGGCCCGGGUUAAGGGCAAUAUCUGGCUCGGGGGUCUAAACUGUCCCUUAAAUUGCUCCUGCAUGACGAAUUCGUCGAAUAAUCUUCUGUUCGCUACGUUGCUUUGUUGUGUUCUGUGUUCUAUGUUUAUGCAGUUUCAUGUUCUGUUAUACGUCUACACUCUUAACGGCAACAAUCUGAAAAUAUUGAUGACUUAAUUCGGUGGGAACGAAUUUUAAUACCUUUUCUCUUGCUGGCCCCUUGUUAGCUGUCCCCCUGGUGUGCUUCGCCCAUGAGAUGGAACGCAUCGGGUUUAUAGUCCACAGGAUUUGGAGGGAGUAUAAUCAAAACCUUAUUGAAGUCUCAAAACUGACCAAUACCAAUCUUCUCCUAACAAUAUUAAUACGUAAUGAAAAGAAGAGGUUAGGAGAAUUAUCAAAAUGGUCACCAAAGAGAAAAUGUAUUGAUCUUUGAUCAAAUUCUCUAUGAAAGAAUUCUUGAAGGAGAUCAGUUUGGGGACUUUGUAUGAGGAUAUUGGGGGGGGGGGGGGGGGGGGGGGUGAGGGUUAACCUUUUUUUGGUAAAAAUUAAACAAAAAAUUGGAAUUUUUUUUUCCUCUGGGGGUCUAGACCCGGGCCUAAAAAGGGGAAGGCAACAGGUUGAACCCCCAUAACCACAACAACGCGGGUGGCGUCUUUCGCGUGGAAAAAAACAACAAUGUGGGGAGGAAAAAAAAAAAAAUUUUUGAUAAAAAAAAAAACGCAAAAAUAAACUCUUCUCAUAAAAAAAAAAAAGAGAAAAAAAAAAAAAAAUGAAGAGAAAAAAAAAAAAUAUACCAAAAAAAAAAAAUUUUUUUUUUUUUUUAAUAAUUUUUUUAAAAAAAAUUUUGGGGGGAAAUUUGGGGGGGGUUUUUUGUAGGGGGGUGGGGGGGGGGGGGGGGGGGGGGGUGCGUGAAGGGUUAACCUUAUUUAGUUAGAACUGAACUACGAAUUUGUAAUUUGUAUUCCACUGAGUGACUACGACCAGGCCUCAGUUGUUCAAAAGCUGGAUAGCGCUAUCCAUCGGAUAAAUCACUAUCCAGUGGAUAAGUAUUACGGAAACCAAUUGCAAUAUCCAGCAUUUGAACAACUGAGGCCAGAUAUUUAAUUUCUUCUUUUCAGAUUCAGCUCAAGGCAUUACAAACAUUAGAGUCGGUGUUUCAGUGCAGAGAGCGCAAUGUUGCUUUUCCCUUUAUCAACGCUUUAGCUCCUCAUAUUAUGAUGAUUUUAAAUAACAUGUGCGUGAACAAGCCAACAAGGGAGGAUCAGUUGACAGUGACCUUAGAAGCCAUCAAAAUAAUGGAGAUUUUAGUGGAUCUAACAGAGGACCAUCUAAGUAUGUUUUUUUGUUUUCUUAUUUUUUUUUUUAAAUUUCAGAUCGUUGUCGAUAUUCUAGGCUAGUCGAUAAUCCAUUAGACCUUUAUUUAGUCAUCGUACUCAAAUAUACUGGCACAAUGGGUGCGGUGAAUGAUUCACAGUUCGCGCUAGUUAUGAGGAGUAUCAAAGAUCUACUGCUUUGCUUGUCAUUGUUUCAAUUCAGUAGUGACUAAUACUAUUGAGACAGAUUGCACUACACUAGCUGUUCAAAAUAGUAUUAUGUUAUUUACAGUAGACUGUAGAAUAGAAAUGCAGUAAAUAAUAGUUAAAGGAUUAGAUUAAAUUUUUUUUAUCAAGGUCCUAUGGAAGGCAGCAUUGACGUUGUUAAAGUAAACUAGUAACAAUAACAGUAAACAUAUCCUCCAAAUUCAGAUACAGAAACACAGGCAUGAAAGAACCUGUAAUGUUCUGCUUUAGGCUGAUUGCGUAGUGAAAAAUCAGCCUGGAGAGAUUAUAAGAAGGUCUCUACAUGACCCCCCUCCAUCUUGAUUUGCCAAAAUUUAACCUCAAAAUUUGUCAGUAGUCUUGUAGGAACGGAAUUAUCCGUUUUGGUUUUCCAAGUAUAACCGUAUGAUUACGUUAUGGUUCAGUGAUGUCAUAUGCGAGUUUCCCCGUGUCAAUCAACUUAAGAGCUUCGUGAGACAACCAAUCAUCACUAUUCCUAAUUUCAGUGAGCCAAUAAAGAAACAUGACAUCGUCGGGUUAGGGCUAGAAAAAACUCCAAACCUGAAAAACCGGUUAUGCAAGGCGCAUCAUAAAAAAAACGUGUCGUCACCUAAUCUAAAUAAAGUAUAUAUUUAUGACGUCAACAGCAUUAAUGUAUUUUGAGAUGCCAGCGAAAAAUACCGAUAACUUGGUCCCUGUUGUACUGCUCUAUUUCACAUGGCAUUAUCUCGCGUGAAAUCGAUUAAGAGUGUGUAUCGGGGCUGUGACGUUUACACUCUUGUGACAGAUUAAAGUUCCUUUACAUCUCUGAGAGGAAACAACGUCUUUUUUCCUGAAAGGUUCAAAGUAAUAUCUUAACUUUAUUUGUGUGCCACUUGCAUGACUUUUACCUCUUUUGUCGCUACAAGAAAACAUUGAUUCUAUUUUGCUCUUUUAUUUCAGAAGUGCACAUGCUGGGCUUACUUGUUCCAAUCCUGGUCGCUUUACUUUUGGACAGUGCAAGCCUUCCGAAAGGAAGCAAAAUAGCUAAAACCCUUCACGAACAGGCCUUACAGAAACUUAUGAAAAUUGGCCCCAAGUAUCCAGACCCCUUCAGGACAGUCAUGACCUCGUCACCAGACCUCAAGCCACGCUUGGAAGCUGCAGUGCGAGCCAAUCAGACUUUGGUCAAGCCUAAACAGCCUGCAGUCCAACCUAAAGUGGCUCCUGCUAAACCAUCAAUCAAGCUACGCAUGGACUUUAGUAAUUAUAAAUAGAACCCAUGCGUUUAAUACUGGAAUUUAAACCGAAAUAAUUACUCCACGGAAUCACACCAGACUGCAACAAUUAAAUACGUUGAAUAAUCUUUCAAUUAUAGCUAAAGUUAACUGUAACUGGUCUUUUGUUCCGCACGUUGUUGGUUGAGAAGCAGCGGUCGGUAACCAAUCACAAAUUGUAGUUAUGCUCAAGGAUCGAGAGAUUGCUUC